UAAGCCGUUAAAACCGUUCCAGUUGGAACAGCCAGGCUCACUUCCUUGUGCCGUGUUCGAGGUCAUUCUGUAGCCCCAUCUAAAGCAGCUGUUUCCGGGAUACAAAACAUGAAGAGCCUCCCGUACUUCUGCCGAGGAGAGGUCGUUCAAGGAUUUGGAAGAGGAAGCAAAGAACUCGGAAUUCCCACGGCCAACUUCCCGGAUUCGGUGGUGGACAAUCUUCCAGCAGACAUCAGCACAGGAAUCUAUUAUGGCUGGGCAUGUAUCGGGAAUGGUGACGUUCACAAAAUGGUGAUGAGCAUCGGCUGGAACCCGUAUUACAAAAACACAAAGAAGUCCAUGGAGACGCACAUCAUUCACAAAUUCAAAGAAGACUUUUAUGGACAGACUCUGAGUGUCGUUCUGGUGAGCUACAUCCGCUCAGAGAAGAGCUUUCCCUCACUCGAGGAUCUCAUAGCGGCCAUCAACAGUGACAUCGAGGAGGCCAAGGUUCAGCUGGAGCUCCCGGAGCACAGCCAACUGAAAGAAGACAACUUCUUCACCAGCACGACCAACUCGUCUCCGGUCUCUUCCUCGUCCGCUGCAUCCACGUCUCAGAGCAUCAUCAAUGGUCACUGAUGGCUGGCAGAGAGGGCAGCGCUUUGUGCCCUGAGUACGUUUCUGUUUACAUGUACAGCCUUAUUAUAAAAUCUGUCAGUUGUCACAUAAACAGUCAACCUCUGUGUCUUUUCACGUGGUUCUGUGUUAAAACGCUAUUUUCUGGCAUCAGUUGUUAACUGCACACAGCCUGAACUGUAUAUAUUCUUGCAAUAUUAUCUGGACCUUCUGUAUAUUUUGAAUCUUUUAGUAGAGAGGACAAAUAAAAGUCACUGAUCAGAUGUUUUUUUUUUUUUAAAUUAAAUGAACCAUAAACGUAAAAAAAAGAUAACUCAUUAUCUUCAUAUACCUAAGUCAGCAUUGCAGCAUCAUUGUCCAUAAAAGAUAAUAUUGCGUAGUUCAUCACCAUCAAAACUAUAAUUAAGUUGCAACUUAUGUAACCUUCA